UCAAAAUGUAAAAAACACCUUUUUAUUGGCAUCAAGGACCUUCCUUCCUUCCUUACACCAAAAAGCAGCCUGCCAUUUUCCUGAAAGCCUGCAUUUCACUGUUCCCUGUAGUCCAAGACUCUCACAUGGUUGACACAUAAACAACUCGAUAGUUGAACCUAUUCCAGUGAGAUUUCCUUAAAUGGCCGGCCCCUCACAUUUAUCAAUCUUUCCAAUACUACAUCACCGAGCUUGUCGACAAGUAUACAGCAUCCACAGUACUUGCGUCCCCGAAGUUUUGCUUUCUUCUCAGUUUUUUCUGGCUCCUUUAGAGAAGAAUCCCAAGUUUUUGAACUGCCACCAAGAGGAACUCUUCUUAUAAGAUCUGUUCUAAAGGGUUCCUGCUCUUACAAUUCAUAGCUCACCAGAUCAUGGCCAAGCCCAGGCUGCUCGAGCCACUUACUCUAGGAAGAGUGGUGGGAGAUGUUGUUGAUACCUUCACGCCAAGCGUCACCAUGAAAGUAACUUACAGCUCCAGCAAGCUGCAGGUGUGCAAUGGUCACGAGUACCCGCCUUCUUCGUUGUCCAAGAAGCCUAGAGUUGAAGUUGGUGGUGAAGAUAUGAGGCAUUUCUUCACAUUGAUGAUGAUAGAUCCAGACUCACCGAGCCCCAGUGAGCCGUACUUAGGCGAACAUCUUCACUGGUAAGCAGGAUUCCCGCAGAAACUCCAUACUAACCCAAAAGGAUGAAAAAAAACUUGACAGCAUGUGAAACUAUGACAUAGCAGAUGCAUUUUCCGGCGGCAGAUCGGUGUGUCUGGGCCUAUGUAGCGGUGAGAUUUAGCCGAACAUCGAGGCAUAUGUAGUUUACAUGUGGCUUAACUAAUCCGUCACUUUCACUUCACUAAAAUGU